CAUCACGUGAUGCACGUGAUGAAUAGACGUCACGUCUCUCGGUGACCCUUUACAACUAUUUUAUUUGUUUCAAAACACGCACUAAAAUGAGUUUUCUGUGCUGCUGUUUUCAGAGUCAUUCUUCAGAGGAAGAGAGACAGCAUAUACUUGGAGCAGCACAGUCUGCAAGAAUACCUCAUCCUUCUCCUAAAGGUUCCCCGGACAGAAUUGGCAUGAUAACUGCACGGCAUGUUGGUGUGCCAGAUCUGGACCAGCGCUUCACUGACUUUGCAGAAAUGUUUAACACGCAGCAGGAAAGCUAUGAGUGUAUGCAGGAAAAGCGGAAAACACUGAUGGUUCGUUAUUGCUGUGCCCCUGACAGCAGCCUGUCUGAGUGUCUGCAGAAGAUGAAGGAUGAACACAACGACCACCAGAUCAUCCUGCAGUUAAAAGGCUACAACUUCGGCUUGGCCGUGACACCAGACGAUUCGGUGCCUGACAAGUUGAAGCAAACACAGGAGAACAUCAAGGAGCUGUGUCAAGCUGUCAAAGCCAUCAUGGCACUUGGUCCUAAACUUGAGGAGAUGAUUAACUGGCUGCUGAAUUCAGAAAAGAUCCUGACCCAGAAGGUGAAUGCAGAAGCGAAGACACACCAGGAGUCUACACGACUCAGAGGCAAUUUGAGGGAGAAUCUUCGCGAGGCAUCAAGAGCUAAAAGGUUCAGUCCUCGCUACAGGGAAGAGGCUGGAAAACUUUUCAACGAGGUGGCCAUGCUGUCUGGAAUCAAGCCAUGAAUCAUUUUCUUAAUGUUACGUAAGCUACGUAAGGCUGGGUCUUUAACUUUGGAUUUUUACACUAGAAUUCCAAACAAAAUGAAAAUAUUUAGGGGUGAUAUUUGAUGCACAUUUUAACAUUUGUUCCUUAUGUUCUGAACACUGUAAAGACAUCAUUCUUUCAUUUGAAAAACAUUGCCAAAUUGCGUCCUAUGCUGUCACUCCCGGUGGUUGAAAAGUUGAUCAAUAUCUUUGUGUUUUCUCGUAUUGAUUAUUGUAAUGCUUUGCUGGUCGGGGUCUCAAACGCUACCCUAAAUAAAUUACAGCUGGUUCAAAAUUCAGCUGCCCGAAUCCUGACUGGAACCAGGACAAGGGAUCACAUCACUCCAGUCUUGGAGUCCUUACAUUGGCUCCCUGUCAGAUUUCAGGUGAAUUUUAAAGUUCUUCUGCUUACCUACAAAUCUUUAAAUGGUUUGGCUCCUCACUACCUUACUGAGCUUUUAGCCCCCUACAAACCUGUGCGUGCGCUCCGCUCUUCGGAAACUGCCCUUUUAAUCAUCCCACAUACCCGUUUAAGAUCUAUGGGUGAUGGGGCAUUUUGUUCUUAAGCUCCAUGACUCUGGAAUUCCUUGCCUGUUCGGAUUAGGCAAGCAGAAUCCCUUAGUGUCUUUAAAUCCUCCCUUAAAGCUUAUUUCUUUAGGGUAGCUUUUACAUGAAAUUGAUUUUUUUAACUUACUUGUUUUGAUAGUAUGUUCUUAUUUAGUGGGUUUUUAUAUCUUACUUAUUUUAACAUAUUAUUUGUAUAAUUGUAUGUUCCUUUUUCUUCUGUGAAGCGCUUUGAGAUGCUACUUUUAAAGGCGCUAUAGAAAAUAAAGUUUAUUAUUAUUAUUAUUAUUAUUAUUAUUAUUAUUAUUAUUAUUAUUAUUAUUAAUGUGAGAGAAAACAGAUAGAGGAAUAAAUGAAUGACGUAUGAUCGAGGGAAUAUAUACUGACCUCACUCUUAAAUGUUUAUGAAAACACUUAUUUAACAGCAAAGUAUUAGAGAUUAUAACAGAUAAAUGAUAAGAAUAGAUAAAGGAUCGUAACAACCAAAACUUAAGUCUAUAACCUUGAAAAAAUAUAUUAUUAUUAACAGCUUUAAUACUGCAUGUAAUGGGUGUUGACAUGUAAAUCAGAUCUUAUUCUAACAUCUGACACACAACUGCCAAUAAGAAAGAAGAACUGUGACUUCUUUCACUAAGAAGCCUUUCUUUAAUAGGCUAAUGAUAUUUAAAUGGAGAAAUGAAAUGUAUCCGAGGCACAUGGUGGUCUAUGUGGUCCAGGUUUGUGUACUUCUAGGAUGAUUUGUGUUCUGUAUAUAUAAUCUCCUUUUUAGGAAACAAGUAUGUUGUACUGUUUGGCUUCCAGCUGGUCAGUGAUCAUGACUAGAUUUCUAUCUUUCUAAGUUUUAACAAUGCUUUAAGAAUACGUUAUACAUUUUGUACAACUUUUGCAGAACUUUUUCAGGGAAAUACAUUAUAAAUUGGGGGAAAGAAAUCAGUUCACUGAUCUGUAAUGUCUAGAAAACAAAUGACAUUCUGAUUAGUAUUUGCAUUUAUUGCUGACAUAGAUGAUUAUCUGGGUACUAU